CAACACCACCGCUGGCACUUUCUUUUGGACACAACAUACAACUGCGACACGACGACUCGACCCCGCGGUUUUUGACUUUGGACCUACGCCUGCUUCUUGACAUUGCAGCUUUAGACCAUCCUUCUCGGGACAUACAAGUAGACUCCAGAUACCAGCACGAACAGCAGAGAUAGACAAAGACGAGAUGGCUCUCGCCGGAGGUAACACGACAGUCGGCCAACGUCUGCAAAAAGAGCUCAUGGACAUCAUGACCAAGCCCACCCCAGGCAUAACCGCCUUCCCGGACACGGAGAACAUGACACUCUGGACAGCCACCAUCGACGGCCCCGCCGACACCCCCUACGCCUCGCUCGUCUUCAAGCUCAGCAUGGAGUUCGCAAACACAUACCCCUACUCCCCGCCAACGGUCCUCUUCAAGACGCCCAUAUACCACCCCAACGUCGACUUCAGCGGCAGGAUCUGCCUCGACAUCCUGAAGGACAAGUGGAGUGCCGUGUACAACAUUGGCACCGUGUUGCUCAGCUUGCAGAGCUUGUUGGGCGAGCCGAAUAACUCGAGUCCGCUUAACGGCCAAGCGGCGGAGUUGUGGGACCAGGACAAGGCGGAGUUCCAGCGCUUGGUUCUUGCGCGCCACAAGACGCCUGAGGAGUUGGACGCUUGAGUGAUGAUGAGCUUGAGCGGUUUGUGUCGUCUCGCCUCAGUACGACAUGGCUCCGUGAAGUGGUCAGUGUAACGCGAUGAUGGCAGGGACAUCUCCCUCUCGCCUCACAGACCCCGCUUCGAUCUAGAUAUCGAGCACCUGUUUCCUGGAUUUUGUUUUGCGCAAUGAUGAAUCUGGUAUUUUACGUAUAUGACGGCGGCGUUGAAUGGGCGGAUAACGGCAUUUCCAGGCGUACUGGUCUUCUGUUUCGUGGACUGGAGGUAGUCACACAUACAUACAACAUUCUCGUUCUGAUAUUCCACCAAGUCUUAAAUACUCAGACAAACGCUGUUUUACACUUCGUAAGAUACAAAUGCAAUGAGAUUUUGAACUAUAUUCC